AUGAGAGUGACCCCAGGCUUGUUUCUUGCUUGUCUUGUCGUCCUCGACGGAUACACUACGUAUCCGUGUGUGGGAACUCGGGGGGGGAUGGCGUGUAUGUCGUCUAGCAGUGCCACAAAGAGCCGACUGCCGCGCGAGAGCGAGCAAUGGCCCUUGGACGCUCUCAUUUUGUCCCCGUCGCUGUGGCACUCUCAAGUUGCUCUCUGUCGAUCCAUCUUCAUCCCAUGGCUGGUUGGUACUUCACACUCAGUACCUGUCUCCAGGCUCCAUGCUGUUGGAGCGGCCCAAUUCGGAGAUUUCAAGACCUGGGACUCUUGA